AUUGGAGAGAGAGAGAUGGGCAGGGACUGGUGUUGGUCAUGUAUGAGUGAAUAUGUAAACAGAGGAUCACUUGUGGCAAAGAACUACUAACGUUGGUAGAUUCAAGGAGGUACCCCCUGUUCAGGUAAUCGUCAUUGAUACGUACAUAGUUGCAUCACACCUCUACGUAUCUUGUUACAAUCGACAGAUUUCUAUUCUUUGUGGUGGCGACAUAGCUUCAGGUCAGCCAUUUUUAACCAUUCCACCGCUGCUUAUCCUACUCAGUCAUUUUUGUGGAUUAUAUUGGUAUUUUGGAUUUUCAUUCCAGGCACAACCAGGACCACCUGAAGACUUGAUCCAACCAGAUACCAUCCAGCAAGUCCAAGCAGCUCCAUUACAGUCCGCUAUGCCUCAGGAUUGUAGACCUCUUGAUCUGGUCAUUCCUGUGAUCGGUGCAGGAUUAGGAUGCAUCUCAGGUGAGGUCAAGACACCAAGUGGCCGAAAGGAGACUCCAGUCAUUAUAGAGAACAAAGAUGGCACCAUCACUGUCAAGUAUUCACCAUCAGAGACUGGACGUCAUGAGCUAGCUAUCAAGUACAAUGGAAAGGAUGUACCAGGAAGUCCAUUCCACUUCCAUGUUGAUGAAUUGAAGAGCGGUAAUGUUACAGCCUAUGGCACUGGUCUAACUCAUGGUAUCAGCAACGAACCUUGUCAUUUUAUCAUCAACACCAAGGAUGCUGGUGCAGGUGGUUUGGCCCUUGCCAUUGAGGGUCCAUCAAAGGCUGAGAUCAAAUGUGUAGAUAACAAGGAUGGCACAUGCAGCGUAACCUACUUCCCUACCAAACCUGGACAGUAUGAUAUUGUUGUCAAGUUUGCUGAUAAACACAUCCCAGGAAGUCCUUUCUCUGCUCAGAUUGUUGAUAAGUCUGGUAGUAGGAUGUCUAUUGGCACACCCAGUGAUGUUCCUCUUAAGAUCACCGAAUCAAAUCUCAAUGAACUCACAGCUACUAUCCGUACACCUUCCAAACAUGAAGAACCAUGCGCACUAAAACGUCUUAAUAAUGGCAACAUUGGUAUCACCUUCACCCCUAAAGAGAUUGGUGAACAUCUAGUGAGUGUUAAGAAGAGGGGUCAAAACAUCCCUAACAGCCCCUUCAAGAUUAUUGUGGGAGCUCAAGAGGUGGGUGAUGCUUCCAAGGUCAAGGUCACAGGUCGCGGUAUCAAAGAGGCAGAAGCAGGUCAAACGGCUCAAUUCCUGGUCGAUACAAGGAAUGCUGGCUAUGGAGGUCUUGGUGUAUCCAUUGAAGGACCAAGCAAAGCAGAUAUUAACUGUGAAGAUAACGGUGAUGGUACCUGUCUUGUCACAUUCACGCCAACUGAACCAGGCACUUACAAUGUCAAUGUACACUAUGCUGAUCAAUUGGUUCCAGGGAGUCCGUUCCAGGUUGCAGUUGGUGGGGAUUCCUCAGAACUACCAUUGAUCAGUGAGACACUGGUUAGACCUACUAGUGCUACUCCAGUCUCUCAAGUCAAUAGUGAAUGUGAACUCACCGUCAAGAUCCCGGGCACUGAUCCACUGGAUAUGACUGCCCAGGUAACCAACCCUGCCGGCCGUACAGUGGACGCUGAGAUCAUUGACAGACCAGACUGUAAAUACUGUGUCAAGUUUGUACCUUCCAUGGUCGGUGUACAUACAGUCAGUGUCAAGAACAAGGGCUUGCAUGUCCCAGGAAGUCCAUUCAUGUUUACUGUUGGUCCAUUUGGUGAGGGUGGAGCACAUAAGGUCCAUGCUGGUGGUCCAGGACUUGAGCGAGGAGAGGUCAAACAACCAGCCGAGUUCCAGGUCUGGACUCGUGAAGCCGGCCCAGGAAAGUUGGGCAUAACAGUAUCCGGUCCAGCCAAGGCUCCGAUCAACUUUGUAGAUAACAAGGAUGGAUCAUACAUGGUCUCAUAUGUACCUAGUGUACCAGGUGAAUACCAGGUUGAUAUUAAGUUCAACGACAAGGCAAUCCCAGAUAGUCCUUACAAGCCAUUUGUUGUUCCACCCCUGGGUGACGCUAGGAGAUGCAGUGUGUCCAGUCUACAGGAGCAUGGUAUCAAGGCUAAUCACCCGUGUUCAUUCGUUAUUCAACUCAAUGGUGCUAAGGGUCAUUUGAAAGCCAAGUGUAAGUCUCCCUCUGGUGCUGAGAUCGAUUGCAUGGUCACAGAGAUUGAUGAAGAAAACUAUGCUGUGCGCUUCCUACCGACGGAGAAUGGUAUUCACAGUGUAGAGGUGUUCUUCAAAGAAUCACCAAUCCCUGGUAGUCCAUUCAGGAUUAGAGUUGGAACGGUUGAAGAGGUUGGUGAUCCAGGUCAUGUCCAUGCGUAUGGAGAAGGAUUGGAGAGAGGAAAGACAGGAGAGAAGUGUGAGUUCAUCGUCAAUACCUGUGGAGCAGGAGCCGGUACCUUGGGUAUCCAGAUUGAUGGUCCAUCCAAGGUUAAGUUGGAUGUCACAGAGAUUGGUGAAGGUUAUAAGUGUGUCUAUGUCCCUACCCAUCCUGGAGAGUAUAUGAUCACCAUCAAGUACGGUGGACCCACCCACAUCACAGGCAGUCCCUUCAAGGCUAAGAUCACCGGAUCUGCAAAGGGAGGCAAGGCAGGUAGCGUUGAGUCAGCCCAAGUGAUGGUUGAAACAAUUGUCAAGACAACCACCACCACUGGGUUCCAAGCUCCAGUCUUUACUUCCGAUGCUAGCAAGGUGGUUUCAAGUGGAAUGGGCCUCAAGAAAUCAUUCUUGAACAAGAAGAGUCAGUUCCAGGUCAACUGCUCAGAUGCAGGAAACAACAUGCUGAUUGUUGGUAUCGCAGGGCCAAAGACACCUUGUGAAGAAAUCCACGUAAAGCACACCUUUGGACAUCGCUACACUGUAACCUAUCUACUUAAAGAGAAGGGUAACUAUGUCUUGAUGGUCAAGUGGGGAGAUGAGCACAUACCAGGCAGUCCAUUCAACAUCCAAUGUGCUUAGAUGCUCUUGGUAUAUAACCAGAGCAACAUAUGGGAUGGCGUCUCGGCUCGGGGGUCCUCCCGGGUGUGAAGACAUCGUUAAAUUCUUCCUUGCGAUAUAUAUGCAAAACUGCAAUGGCGUUGAGGCUUGACAUACGUAUGUGUCCGAAGACAUUUUUAUAAAGCUCCAGUUUGGAUGGAUCAUUAUUAUCAAGAAGAAAUAAAAGGAAUACUGCCAGUCAUUCUGUGUUCUUGUUAAUGUGAUGGAUCUAAUUGUUCUUUUCUUUCCACCGUAAUUUGUGUUAUAUAUGUGAAUGAUAUCAUGAGUUGUGGACAAGCAAGUGUGAGCAAUUGCGUAUGGUCAUGUUUCAAAAUUGAUUUUAUUUUUCUUCCAGCUCAUUUUAAAUAAAGUAGCUUCCAACAUGGAAUGUCGAUUGAGUGAAUGAUAUUAUAUAACCUUGUUUAGUUCAAACAAACAUAUAUGAAUUAAAAAUAUGUUUAUUGCCACUAUGUGUACAAGGAUUAGCAUAAGCUGUCUAAUUUCUAAUACAUUGAUCUACUUAUCAGCUCUCUCAAAAAUGUAUCUACUUAUAAAAAAAGGGAAUGGUCGGAAUAAAUUAAACAAGAGGUGUAUGAUUUAUGAAGUUUAAGUGACUGAUAACCUGACUCAUUCAGAAGACUAAUGUAGAUAAUAUGCAAAUGUAAAAAGGAUUUUGUUUGCAGAGUGAAGUAGUAGUCUUUCAGGAGAGUGUUUUGAAAUAGUCUAACCAUGCACAUAGCCAAACUUGGUCUUUUUUAGGAACUGGACGAUAAAUCAUGGCCCUAUAUGUAGACAUAUUCAAUGAUUGCCUUCAUAUAAGUGAGAUUGUUAACUGUAUUACCAAAGUUUGCAGCUCGCUUUGAAAAUGAAAUUGAAAGAAAGAAAUUUCCAACUUGUAUUAUAUAUUCAGUUUUGUUGGUACGGCCACCAUUGCCUGGAGAUUGUAUAGAAAAUGCAAAAUUAAUCAUUUUUUAUGACACACUGCUAAGCAGGAAAAAAUGUAUUUUUCAAUAUUCUGAAUUACACUUUAAAAAAUAAUAUUAUCGCUGAUAUUGUAUUCUUGUAUUCAUAUUUGGUAAAAUUUUGAUAAACAGUGUUUCAAUAGAACAACAGUAGUAUAACUCAUCUCAUUGAUAAUUUAUUUAUUGUAAGCUAUUCAAUCAUAAAUGUGGUUUAGGGAAUAAUUUCAAUGAUAAUAAUCUACUUAUGACAAGAACAAAUUUAGCAAUUAUUAUUAUGAAGCUAAUUUAUACAAAUUUAGAUAUAGUAGAAGCUGAAGAAAGAAUUUGCAAAUUAUUUUGUAUAUAUAUAUAAAUGCGAGUCAGACUUGCAAAAAGUUUGUAUUUGCUAAGAAGCAUUUAAUAAGAAUGUUAUUUUAAUGACUUAUAUUGGAAUUGAUGUAUCGUAUGAUGUGUUAUAUAUUUUUGUGGUACAUGCAUUCUACAUGUUCUUUUUCAAUGUUUUUUCACUUUUUUAAGUUUCUUUUUUUUUUUUUAUAAUUUGGGACUAUGGUUUGGAAUUCAGUACUACCUGUGUAAGUAGCACUUACUUCCUUGGGAUCAGGUAAGGGGGGGCAUUUAUCUCGUAGAAAUGAUAGCUUAGAAGAAACAAAAGCAAUAAGAAAUUAGACUCAUUUAUAUUCUAUGUGUGACUAAUGUCAAUUAUAUGUGAGGUAUUAUUUUCAAAAGGAUCGCAUCUCGUAAAACAAAAUAUUGUGCAAAAUAUUGACAAAUUGUUAUAUCGUUUUUGUUUAGUAGCAUAGAUGGCUGAAAAGAGUGAUUACUUGCUAUUUUGUGUAGAUUUUUUUUUUACUGUGAAUAUAUAUUAAAACAGCAUUAAAAUUAUUGAAUUUUAUUAUAAAGCAUAGCUUCUUUUUUUGUUAUGUAAUUGUUAUUUUGUAGAACAAAAUGCAAUGCUUGUUUAGAUUUCAUGCAAUUCAAAGAAAUCAAAUAAUGUAUAACCUUAAGAUCUUUACGCUUGAAUUGUCAUAUAAUAUAGUGAAGCUUUACUAAUGUAGUUAUACCAAAAAAAAAUAGAUUAUUAUUUAGCUUAUUUGUAGAAUUUAUGUGAAACUACAUAUUCUGAUUAUUGCAGUAAGAUAUUAUUUGCCACAUUGUUCACAAUGAAAUAGAUAACUAUUGGGAAUAUGUAAGAUGGGAAAUCUGGUUAUGUAAUGGGUUUGAGAUCAGUAAUCGGUGGUGAUAAAAUGGAAUAGCCCAGCAACAGAAAAAACAAAAAACUUUUGCAUUAAAAGGGAUUAUGGAGCAUUGAAAUUGUAAA